AUGCACCAAGAAGGAAGCCCAAUGCAUAAUUAUGCACGGUCAAUAGCUGCUCUUCGCAGCGCCACCUCGCAAAAGCCAACACGAAUUGAAGAUAUGCCUGGUAACUUCGGGGAUACGCAAAAUCGCCAAGGGGGCGCUUGGAACAAUGGACCGCCAACGAAUGGGUCUAUCGCUCCCGCUGCUGCACAUCCUGCUGCUGCCGCGCCUAGGCCAACAGUAGGAUUUGGCAACACUAUGCCUCAAAGGCCUUCCUCUCUUCACCCCGGUGCUGUUGGACGGCCAGUAGGAACUGCAUAUCGUCCACGCCCGAGCCAGGUCGGUCAAGGUCGUCGCGGACCACCAUCACAAACUCCGGGCCAGCUUGGAGGUGGGUUUCGAGCGCCCCCAAGCCAAAAUGGGGGAGGCUUCCCAGGAGCACGACCUAAUCUGGCUGGAGGUCCUCGACCCGUACCACAAACUCAGCCUGCCAGGCCACAACCACCGCCGCAGAGUCAAGUCGGACAGCCGCAAGCACCAGCGGUGGGUAUAAAUGACCUUCCUCAAGUCUUUCAGAACUUGAAUUUGGGCAUGUACAGUAACGUACCGGCAGCGCCGGCAGGUGCGACUUCAUCGAUAUUGCCAUAUCCUCUACCACCACAGUCCAAGCUCACCACAUUUCCCGUGAGACCUACAAACGCUCCAACAGGAUGGUCUACCAACUACCCCAUGGCGAACAGCAAGCGCUACAAGUGGUUCGUCAACAAUGUCUGCUUCAAAUCUCCAUACAAGCGCUGGACCUUCGACAAAGGCGACGUCAUCGCCGUACCCUACCACGUUGCCAACAUGAACGAAAAUCUCGACAUUGCAGCAGCGAACGGUGGCUGCAGAGAAACCAAGUUCGGCCCUAUCCUCUCCAAGCAACGCAUGUGCAUCGUCCUCUGGAAACACCACGAAUGCAUGACCUGCCUCCCCCUCUACUCGCACGGCCACCGCGGGAUCGCAGCCAAACAGGGCGACCGCGAGGAAGAUUACAUCGAAGUACUGGACCUCGCCCUUAAGUCGACGUUUAUUCCUCAAGGAAGCAAGAAGCCACUGGAACAUAUCCACUGGAGCCAUCCGCAUGGGUAUCUUACGGCGGAUACAAUCUGCCAUUUGACGGGGGCUAUGAAGGUUAGUUGGCAGGAGCCGAUAUUGCAUUUGGGGAGGGUUACGAAGCUUUCGUAUGAUAGUUUGGUCAAGUAUCAUAAGGCGUUGAUGAGGAAGGCGGAGUUGGAGAAGCCGGAUAAGGAGUGGCCGGCGGCAGGGGUGAAUCCGAAGAUUUCGCAUGAUGAUUAUUGA